AUGGAAAACAGUGUCUGCGGAUCCUUUUUCCAGCCCCAGUACCCCGGCCAGCCAAGCAGCAGUGACUACACCAUCCACGAGGACAUGCUGUGCGCUGGGGACCUCAUAACAGGAAAGGCCAUCUGCCGGGUGAACUCCGGGGGUCCCCUCGUCUGCCCGUUAAAUGGCACCUGGUUCCUGAUGGGGCUGUCUAGUUGGAGCCUCGACUGCCGCUCACCCAUCGGCCCCAGCGUCUUCACCAGGCUCUCCUACUUCACCAACUGGAUUAGCCAGAAGAAGAGGGAGAGUCCCCCUCUGGAUCCUGCCUUGGCUCCUCCUCAGGAGAUGCCCCCAGCCCUGGACAGCAUGACCUCUCAGGGUACCGUCUAUAAACCCGGGCUCUGCGCAGCCCUUCCGGCUGCUCACACCCUCCUCCUGCUGCUGAUUCUGCUGGGGAGCCUGUGA